AUGAGCCACGCCAGACCCCGCUAUGUCAUCGAACGCCCUGCGUACUCGGUCAGCCUCUUUGAUGAAGAGUUUGAGAAGAAAAGCAGAAGUUAUCCCGUCGGGGAAAAGUUGAAAAACCUUUUCAGAUGUUCAGCUUCCAGAUUCAAGCUCAUUCUCUUCAGCCUGUUCCCAAUACUUGUUUGGCUUCCCAAGUAUAAAAUCAAGGAGUACAUUUUGCCUGAUGUUCUCGGUGGGGUCAGUGCGGGGACAAUCCAAGUGCCACAAGGGAUGGCUUUUGCACUGCUGGCCAACCUGCCUCCUGUCAAUGGGCUCUACUCCUCCUUCUUCCCUUUGAUAACAUACCUCUUCCUUGGCGGUAUCCACCAGAUGGUCCCAGGUACUUUUGCAGUCAUCAGCAUUAUUGUUGGCAACGUCUGCCAUGAGCUGGCUCCAGAGUCUGACUUCCAGUACUUCAAUCACACUACUAAUGAGACCAGCGUGAAUACCACAGCCAUGGAAGCAGCCAGACUGGAGAUCUCUGCCACGCUAGCCUGCCUGACUGCCAUCAUACAACUGUGCCUGGGAUUCGUGCAGUUUGGCUUUGUUGCUAUCUACCUGUCAGAGUCUUUCAUCAGGGGUUUCAUGACAGCAGCAGGGCUGCAGAUCCUCAUCUCCGUGCUCAAGUACGUCUUCGGCUUGACAGUCCCGUCUUACACCGGGCCCUUAGCUAUCGUCUAUACAUUCAUUGAUAUUUGCAAAGGUCUGCCCAAAACCAACGUGGCCUCCCUGGUCUAUGCCUUGAUCAGUGCUGUGCUUCUGAUUGUUGUCAAGGAACUCAACCUGAAGUACAUGAAAAAGAUCCGGAUGCCCAUUCCCAUGGAGAUCAUCAUCGUAAUAGUUGCAACUGCAAUCUCUGGCAGCUUUAAGAUGCCUGAAAAGUACAAUAUGCCAGUGGUUGGGAAGAUCAGCAUGGGGUUCCCAGAGCCCACCCUGCCCCUGGUGAGCAAGUGGAAGGACAUGAUUGGCACAGCCUUCUCACUCGCCAUCGUGAGCUACGUGAUCAACCUGGCCAUGGGGAGGACGCUGGCAGCCAAGCAUGGCUAUGAUGUGGACCCCAACCAGGAAAUGCUGGCCCUGGGCUGCAGUAACUUCUUUGGAUCCUUCUUCAAAAUCCACGUCAUCUGCUGCGCUCUCUCAGUCACUCUGGCUGUGGACGGGGCAGGAGGCAAAUCACAAGUGGCAAGUUUCUUUGUGGCAUUGGUGGUUAUGGUGACCAUGCUUUCUCUAGGAAUUUAUCUUGAACCUCUUCCAAAGUCUGUCCUGGGAGCCCUCAUCGCUGUCAACCUGAAGAACUCCCUCAAGCAGCUGGCUGAUCCCUUCUACCUGUGGAAGAAGAGCAAGCUGGACUGCCUGGUCUGGCUGGUGAGCUUCCUGGCUGCCUUCUUCCUGAGCCUGCCCUACGGAGUCGCGGUGGGUGUGGGAUUUUCCGUGCUGGUUGUGGUUUUCCAUACCCAGUUCCGGAACGGUUCUGCACUCGGCCAAGUAACAUCCACAGACAUCUACAAGAACCCCAAAGCCUACAACAAGGUACACGAACUCAACGGCAUUAAAAUUGUGACCUACUGCUCGCCACUGUAUUUUGCCAACUCAGAGAUAUUCCGUGAGAAGAUUAUAGCCAAGACUGGAGUGGAUCCUGGGAAAGUGUACUUGGCCAGGAAGAAAUACGUGAAAUGGCAGGAGAAGGGGACAGCACAACCAUCAACAAAGCCACCAAAAUUCUUACUGAGGCAGAACAAGACCUUAUCCAUGCAAGAGCUCCAGAAAGACUUUGAAAGCACCUCUCCAACAGACACCAACAACAACCAGACGACUGCUAACGGCGCCAGCAUCUCUUACAUCACGUUCUACCCUCCUGCCAACGGCACCAGGCAGGUACACACCUCCAGCGAGCUGGGCAGCACCACCACUCUGCAAGGAAGCACCUUCAGGGAAAUGUCAGCUGCAGAUGUUGACCCCAUGGCCACGGCACCGCCCUAUGUCAGCUUCCACACCAUCAUCCUGGACAUGAGCGGGGUGUGCUUUGUUGACCUCAUGGGCACAAAAGCACUGGGCAAGCUGUGUUCCAGCUAUCAGAAGAUUGGCAUUAAAGUGUUCUUGGCAAACGUGCAUGCCCAGGUGUACAACGACAUCAGCACAGGUGGGGUUUUUGAAGAAGGAGGCCUGGACAGAAAACACAUCUUCCUGACCAUCCAUGAUGCUGUUUUGUUCGCACUGGCAGAUAUCAAAGAAGUCGUCCACCCACCCACCUUAGAAGAGAGGCCGAAUCAGACAGAGCUCUCCAUCUACGAUGAGUCCGUGGAUGAAAGCAGCUCGGAGUUCACAAACCUGGAGGAGGAGAUGUUUGGAAGCAUGUUCCAUUCAGAGACACAGACAGCGCUGUGAGCCUCGUGCUGAUAAACCCUCCUGGACAGCCUCCUCUCUCCCAUCCCAUCACGAAGAGCUGCACUCCUACCCAGGAAUACAAAGUGUUUGCAAAGCAAGAGGUCAUCACGCCUCUUGAACUGGUAAAUUUCUUCUCCCGCUCUGCUUCUGGUGCUCAGAGAAAUGGCCUCUGGAGCAGACAACAGAACACCACGGAGCAGGAACUCAGGAAAUGCCAUCCCAUUAAUCACAGAAGAGAAGCAAGCUCACCUGAUGGCAGGUGCCUCAGCGCAUGGGACAAUCAGUUGGUCUUGCCACGUGCUUGCCUUUGUCUCACACAGUCACAAUCUUCUGCCCACGGAGGCAUUACACAGUUUGGGAAACCCCCUUCUUUCUUUUCCUUCCUCCUUCUUUUCCCGAUGAAAUGAAAUUAAGCAAAUAUUGCGAGCCUCUCACGGCUUUGAAUCAUGAGCAAAAGCAGCUUUUGCAAGGUGCAGCCUGUAAGGUAAUGCUGUUUCAAAACGUGCACUGACUGUCGGGGUGCCUGCACUGCAGGUGCCAACCUUUGUGUUCCCCCACAUUUCUCCAUGCCCCUGCACUGCUCUCUGUGUGACCCAGAAACCACAGCCUCCAGUCAGUGCUGUGUUUCUCACACCCUGGUGCAGUAUCUCAGGUGGGCUAUUUUCCAGAUUAUAUUUUGACUUAUUAAUAGGGCUAGCUUGUAAUGGGGAGUAUGAAUUCCUUGUUACGGUGUGCUGCGUGUGCAUGCUGGUCUGCCUGCCCAGUAAGUCAGUAUGCGUUCAGAAGACCCAGGCUCCAGUUAAAAUCCCUCCUGAUAUUUUUAGGCAUCUUCCUUCUGUCUGAACAGAGCUGCAGAGAAGGUUUUUAGACUGUGCAUGUCGUGAAACCAUUAAUUCCAAGGGUGUUCUGCCUCCCUUUCCAUCUUGACUGCAGUACCUAAAUGAUACGUGGUACAUGGAUUAGUGCUUUGUGGAGAUACAUAUAUAUCUCUAUAUAUUUUUUUCCCCAAGUCAUUUUGACCACAAAAAGCAAAUGCAGGGACAGCGAGGAACCUCCUUCUUGUAAAGUCCUGGAUCCAGGGCAGCAAGAUGAAAACUUCAGCCCAUUUUGUAUCUGCAACUGGUACCAGCUGCGCUAUGGAGGGCUUCCAAUGACAAGCUCUCAUGGUCACUCAGGCAGCAAGGGAACGCUCUUUUUUAUAUGUGAUAUUUCUGUAACAAUUCUCUACUGCAUAUUUGAUGAUUUUCAUUACAGUUCAUCUCAGAUUGAUAAUACCAGGACCAUCUACCUCUCAGGCAAACAAGCCUGACGCUCUAACCCAGAGACAGACAGACGAGAUCUUAAUCAUUUCUAGAAAUCUGGCAUUCUUUUAUAUUUGAGUGAUGCUUAUAACAAGUGCUAUUUUAAUUUCCCUUUCUGACAUCUUCCCUUCUUACCCAGUGCUGAUAUUGUGACAGAAAUGACAAGAUAACAAUCUAAAGCCUGAAAAAACCUAAGCAGAAGCCAAGAGUUAAAGGGACCCUUCUUCAGUGAGUUUCAACCUCAAAUAUGGCUUUGAUGGAAGUAAGGCCAUAGAAAAUUUAGUAUGUCUUCAGUUGCAAUGAAUGCAGCUUUUUCUGUUUGAUUUUCAAAUCCUCCUACAAAGUAUUUCCAGCACUGGGAUAAAGAUAAGAGUGAACA